AUGGAGCAGAAGUGUAAAGCAUUGCAAUCAGCUUGGAUUCAGAUGUGUCACAAGGACUUUGAAUGUGAUGGAUAUAUCAUCAAUUCUAUCACUGUUUCUGACCUUAAACAAGCAGAGAAAGAGGAAGCAGAACACAGAAAGAUAUCUAAUCCUCGAGUUCAUCUUCUUCGGAAACAUGUAUUUGUGGUGUCGAGACGUAUCAUGGGGUCUGACAAUUAUCGGGGUCAAUAUUGUGGAUUUAUAUGGGGAACAUGUCUGUGUCUUCAUGGUCUAAGUCUUUGGAUGACAAUCAAUCCCAGUGACACACAUGAUCCAGUUGCACAGGUUUUUGCUGGGGAGCAGAUCAAUAUGGAUGAAUUUUUUCCUGAUGCUGGUCCAGAUAGCAAUCGCUGGGCUCAAAACAUUGCCAAAGAUCCUUUUGCCGCUGUGAAGUACUUCUUCUUCAUUAUCAAGGCAGUGCUUUCAACACUCUUUCAGAUUGAUGUCAGAGGAAAUCGGGUGCAUAGUGGGAUGGGGAUGCUUGGGCACAUUAGUGGUUAUUUUGCGUAA